CAAGCACAUGCCGCCAUGACCGGCCUUCGUCGGCCGACACAGAAUCACACAUAACAUGGCGGGCUGGGAUAUAUGAUGCUGUGCACGAAUAGUUGAGAAGGUUCUCGACGUGGUCAGGAUGCAUGUUGUUCUUUCUUGUGAUGGCACGACCCGCCGCCGGACGAGCGCCAAGGAAUUCCGUUUCGUCUGCAAUGUCCAUCGAACAUUUUUGCGCAAGCCCUUGUCGACGCGGUCGCUGCAUCCUUUGACUCAUGCUUUUCUAUCGCGAAAGCGUCUUGGACGUGCUGCAGCUCCUUGAACAGUACCAAUCGGAUGCGUAUGCCGUCAAGCGAAGCCUGACCGAGAUGGCGCGGCAUUUGCGGAACACGCCCAUGUCCAACACAGACCUUCGCAGCCACAACUUUAUCCCGCGGAUAUGCGCAUGUGUGCAGCCAUAUACAACUUCGUUCACGAUUGUGUCGUGUGUGUGCGUGUUGUUGGAACGUUUGUUCGUUCGAGAAAGCGACGGGGAGUUGCACCAAGCCAGCGUGGUCACGUCUGGCCUCUGGAAGUUCGUCGAAGACGCCAUAAAACUCGAUAGCACCAACAUCGAGCUCCACGUGAUGGGCUGCGAAUUGAUCUCACGGCUGUGUUUGGAGCAGCCCCAUGUUCCCCAUGGUUCGUCCCUCUUUUGUAGGGCAACUCGUCUGCAUGGUCGCCAUGAUAGUGGCAAACCAGACAGAAAUGGUUCAAGGCGGCAUCCUCGACUUCCUCUACAGGGCCAUGCAGACCCAUGCGUGCUCCGCGAUGUAUGUUGGCGCAGCGCGCGCGGCGGCGAACCUUGUGUACAUGAACGCGCUGACAGCCCACCGCCUGCUCAAGACAGACCUUCCCCAGCUCUUCUCCAUGGGCCUCCACACGUUCUUCAAGGACGCUGCCGUCGUGUCGGCCAUCGCCGCAGUCGUGUUUCAGCUGCAUGUGGCGACGCUCGCCAAGGCCCAGCAGAGCUAUCUGGCAUGGGGAUGCAUGGAUCGAGUGAAAACGUGCUUGAGUGUCCAUGUGGCCGAUGUCAACACACUGUACCAGUUGCUGCGAACGUUAGAAAUAGCCCUGCGCGACAAUGAGGCUGCCAAGGACGCGUUUUGUGCCAAGGAAGUUCCGUUCCUUGUCGUCACAACCUUUGAAGAAGUAGUGGCGGCGGCGGCGCGAGGGUCAACCGUGCCGCACGAGACACGAGGGCCGUCGAAUGUGGCAUUCCUGGCGUUUGUGAUCGCCGUGAUAUUUGGACACGUCGCUAUCAUGUCCAAGGUCUCGACUCCGACUGGUACAGAUCGAGAUUUGCUUGUUCGGGCGAAGGUUCAAAGCCUGAGGACAAUUGCCAUGGCCAGGCGGCACAGUCGUCCAUCCGGCGCGCGUCCAAGUCCUCGUGAAAGCCAGUGCCCACACGUUUGCCGUGUCAGCGCUCACGCAGUUUCCGACAGUACCCCCGGUGUUGGAGCAAUGCAUUCGCCUUGUCGAGGUCUUGGCCUUGCCAGGCAUGUACAAGCCCAUUUUGAUUCGAGCUGGCGCACUGAGGUGCAUCAAGUACAUUGCAUCCACCAAGACAUGCCACGGUGGGUUGCAAGUGCUGUGUCGUCGCUCGUUGGCAGCGUUCGAGGCGUAGCCGUUCCGGGCCACCUCCAUCGCUUCCGGGCUACGUCCGCGCCAUCGCCGCAUUGUUCGUUCAGGGGUAAUUGAAAAGAGUUGUUUGGCUGGAGCCGCUACAGAGCGGUGAAUCCCGCUAGGCAUUCGUUCUGGGGUCCGUUGCGCAAUGUUACAAUGGUGUGGAC